AUGAAACGACUCGCACGCGGCGUCCUCGCGUGCGUGGAUCCGCGCGGACGCAGAGAGGACGACGUCGAGCUGGGCGGAAUAGCGAAGCCGAAACCGCGGGAGCCGAAGGAGCCGGACGUCACCGCGGAGGCCAAGAGCGGCGCCGAAAAGAUGCGCGCGGAUCUGCGCGCGAUUGCGCCGGAGCACGCGCGAGGGACGCGGAGGGCGCGCGUCCUCCUCGCGACGCUGCCGAUCGUGCUGCUGCUGAUGAUGCUCACGCGGCCGCUGUACGCGCCGCUGAUCGACGUGUUCGCGCCCGUGGAGCCGGCGGGCGGCGGGGGGGCGGGCGGCAGAGACGGAGGAGGCGGCGCGGGGGGGGCUCGGAGGCGUCUGAUGACUUCCAGAUCUGGGAAGUACGCCGACGCGGCUGGCGCGGCGACGGCGAUGAUCGCGCCCGAGGUGCCGCGACCGCCGGUCGCGGGGCGUCGAGAGAGGAAGGAGCGGAGCGCGCGAGUCGGGCGACGAGAGAGCGUUCGCUGA